CAGUGCGCAGUCGCAGACAGGGGCCCGCUCCAUUUCCUGAGGAAAGGAGGAGGCUGCGUCUUCCUUCCUGUUUGCUCACGUGUCCUUCCGGGGCAGGGUCGCCACCUUCGGGAGGGGUCGUUCCGGCCGGCUGUGAGCGAGAGAGGCAUCGCGCUGAGUUCCUAACAACAAUUCGGAACUCUGGAUCAAGACGGAGCUGCAUUAGCCCUCGAGGCAAAGCUGAGGAUGGAAGGAGUGGAAGUUAAGGAGGAAUGGCAAGACGAAGACUUUCCCAGACCUUUACCAGAAGAUGACCAUAUUGAAGCUACAUCUGGGCCAGCUGAAAGAGGAGACCAAUCUGAAAUUAAUGGCAACAAAGUUAAGAAGAAAUUAAUAGCUCCAAAUAUAAACUUGACUUUGGAUCAGAGUGAAGAAUCCAUUUUAUCUGGUUUAGAGGCAAGUGGAGAUAUUGACUUGGAUGAUAUAGACACCCCCUCCGAGAACAGCAAUAAUGAGUUUGAGUGGGAAGACGACCUUCCGAAGCAGAAAAGCAGCGAUGCGGUUCGGAAGGGCUCCCUGUUGGAAUACACAGCAGCGGAAGAGAAGGAGGAGGAACGGCGGUGGCGAAUGUACCAGAUUGGCGACCAAGGUCACCGAGUAGACAUGAGGGCCAUUGAGCCCUACAAGAAAGUGAUUAGUCACGGAGGCUAUUACGGGGAUGGGCUGAAUGCAAUUAUUGUCUUUGCGGUUUGCUUCAUGCCAGAAAGUAAUCAGCCAAAUUACCGAUACUUAAUGGAUAAUCUGUUUAAAUACGUUAUCGGCUCCCUAGAAUUAUUAAUAGCGGAGAGCUAUAUGAUUGUUUAUCUAAACGGGGCAACCACCCGGCGGAAGAUGCCCAGUUUAGGUUGGCUCAGGAAGUGUUACCAGCAAAUUGACAGGAGGUUAAGGAAAAACCUGAAGUCACUAAUAAUAGUUCAUCCUUCCUGGUUCAUUAGAACACUUCUGGCAAUCACAAAGCCAUUUAUUAGCUCAAAAUUCAGCCAAAAAAUCAGAUACGUCUUUACCUUGGCAGAGCUGGCAGAGCUCAUUCCCAUGGACAGCGUAAGCAUCCCCGAAUGCAUAAAACGGUAUGAAGAAGAAAAAUUUAAAAAGAAACUCCAAAGAAUUGAUCAAGAACUUAAUGGGAAACAGGAGCAGACAUCUGAACAGUAAAAAAAAAAAAGUGUUUUUGAAUUCAAGCCGAGAGUGAAGAACACGCUGGGAGAUUUGAAGUCCUGAAGAAUGCUUUGGCCUUCUGCGUCCGGACUUGGCCUGUUGGAUGACGCACUGCUGAGUGGGUUUGCAAGUCCCGGGUGAUGCCGACACUUCAUAGUUGCCUUGAUUAUAACUUUUACACUGCAGUGUCACAAAGGCAUCCUAGGAGAGGCACCCAUUUUUGUAUCGCGAUGCUUAUUCAGUAAGUAUUUAUAUGCUUCGACGUUAAGGGGAGAGAUCAUAUAUAUUUUUAUGACUCUUCAACACAUAUUUUAUAAUGUUCAUCUGCAAAAAAAAAAAAAAAAAAACAACCACCGAGACACACUAGCCCACCGAUGACGGUUGUCAUUUAUUUAGGAAUAAAAUGCAUGAGAAUUUCUUACUUAUGGUGAACUGCUUCUUGGCUAAGGAAGAGAGAAAUGUAAUUUGGUUAUCUGCAAGGCUAGCAAGAUCUUUUGCUGUUUCCACUGUGGGAUGUGCCUAACCCUGGAGUUGAGUGUCCUCAGCACAAAUUCAAUUCAGUCCAGGCCCUUCUGGGUUGAAACUCCAGUGUUUCAACUCUCUCUCUCUCUUCUGAACAGAAAGAUCCAGUCAUUGAGAAUCCUGGCAGCACUACUGUUUGAAUGUUGGGCUGGUGGAGGCUGGCUGGCUCUGGAUGCCCAGGGAGUGACUUAUUUGGGAUAUUGGGCGACAUCCCAGAGCGGAACAGUGGUGGCCUCCACCCAGUCUUCCCCUUGCUACCACGAAGGGUAUCUUGGCCCAGCUUCUGAUGUGCCUUGCAGCUUUGCCAUCCAGCCAUGUGAGCGGAGUUCCAGAAGACGGUGUCAGGAUGUGACACUCAAGAGUAGAGAAAGUGUAUCCAGAGUUAGGGGCAAGGAGAACAGCUUUGCCUACGGAGGCUGUUCUCAAGGGCCCAGCAUCCUGGGUCUCUUGCAAAGCUUCCAAUCUAAAGUGGAAGGAGGAGGCCAGGUGGUCAUUUUGUACUUUGGAAAGCAAAGCACUAGAUUCACUUUAUAUACCCUUUUUUAAAGGAGAUGUGUGUGUGUUGCAUCUUUUACCUGUUUUGAUGAAACAGCUGCUUUAAGAGCAGCCUUCUCAAUAAGGGCAGGGGUGUGUCAUGUGCACUAAUUCCUAGCGGGUUAAUCAUCAAAGCCAUAGUGGAAUGUAGCAGGAACGUUACGUUUUUGGAAAGCUUGGGCACCGCUCUUUAGAAAUAUUUUCAUUUGUAUUUAAAUUUUGUGCGUGUUGUUAGCAACAGUGUUUUUGUAUUCCCCAGUGUUUAUGGGGAAAAAAAAUACUGCCCGUGUGUUGGUUUAUCACCCAGUCAAUAAAAUGUUUUUAAAUAAA